CACGGUCGCCUCGCUCGCCGUCAAAAAGCUGUCUGGACGCGCGUUAAUGGAUAUCCUGCUGCCGCUGCAAGUCACGUGCACUCGACAAAGGCGUACCUGCCGGUCGAUAUCAGCCGACCCUGGCUGGGGAUCCCGCUCUCAUCCAGAAACCGAUCGAGACGUUCUACACGCGGAUGCAAUGCAACUGCGGGCUGCGCAUCGGAUGACGCGGUUCCCCCCACAGCCGUCCGAGUUGACCACCGUGAGAAUGACCCGUACCGCUUACGCUCAGCUCGUCGGCCAAAAGUUUUUUCCGCCGAAAAUAUUCGGCCAAUGGAAGGUCUCCGAAGGCUCCGAUGAAUGGAGAUGGAGAGACACAGGAUUAAAGAUUGCUGUGGGUUUCGAAAUGCUCUAUCAGGAAAGCAAAGGCAAAUCGGAAAACUUGAGUCAGAAUCCAGCGCUGAUUCCUCAUGGCUGGUGGCAAGGAAAGAGGCCCUUCGACGCGAUGUUGGCUACGCCAAAUACAUCCAGACACUCGUAUCUGUCGGCUUUUUCAAGGGAGAGAUCGAGGGAUCUGAACUCUGGAAUGAACUCGAGAACAAAGCAGCCAAGGAAUAUCUGAAGUCGCAGCGGGAGGAUGAUGCUUCACGGCCAUCAUUUGCGUCCCAGGUUGCCGCGUCUCUUGCUAAACCUCUGAGAACUACAAGUACACCCUUGUACGAAGAUAGCGAUGACUGGCUCAACAUCGAUGCCAAAGACUUCGAGGGAAUGUGAGCAGGACAACGGGAACGGCUACUGCGAUGGACGUCGACACACCAGAAAGAUCGGCUGUCGAGGAUCGUGUUGCUUCAGAACAAGCAGACAAGUUGAAGGAUCUUGCCUCUAAGGUGGAAGCAUUUGUCGAAGGUCAAGGCAGCCUAGACGGUGCACUUUUUGACGACGAGAUGUCGUCAGAGGAGGAGGAGGAGGAGCUGACUGACGAGCCCGACUCGGAUUCGGACGACGAGGAGAUGGACGAAAAUGCACGCAAUGCAGCCAUGGACAAGCUAGUGCCAGGUCUCGAGCCUUCUGAAUAUGGCCAAAUGCCAGCCAGCUUCCACGCGAACUCCCAACGUGUGGCUCAAGCGACGCUUGAAACAGAGGUUGUGGUCGAACCCGCUCCAGCUGAAGGCUCCAAAGACGAGCUCAAAUCCAAACCUAUCCGAGAGCCCAUUCUCCCGAGAGACAAGUUCGAUGGGGUAGAUUCAGACGACGACACCGAUGAGGAACUUGCUGAUGACGGCGACGAGGAAGAGGAAGAGGAAGACCGACCUCAGGUCGUCGGUGAGAUCGAAGUUGACAUGGGUGAGGAGGAAGACGAAUUUCUCGAGUUCUCUCGUAAGGCCUUGGGAUCACCGACGAACAGUGGGGCGACAUCUUGCGCGACCGCAAAAGCAGAGGAGCUUUUGUCCCAGAGGGCACUCACGUCCCCGCCAAAUCUAACAUCAAUCCACCGAAGCCCGCUGCUCAACCACGCCCUGAAAAAUUGCCUGAAGCUGGGCCUCGUCCGAAUGUCAAUCCGAAUCUGGACUCGUUCGAGGCGGUCAUGAUCGCCAUGGACGAGGAGCUUUCGCGUUCUCGUUCGUCCAAAAAGUCUGCGUCGUCAUCAAAGGACAAAGGGAAGGGCAAGCAAAAAGCGACUGUUGCAGACGAGGACGAGAAAAUGGAUGACAUAAACGCUGCCAUGGACAGCGAGUUACGAGCAGCUCUGCUGCGGGAAGACGGCGAUGAAGAUGACGAAGAGGAGCCGAUGGAUUAUAACUUGAUCAAAAACUUCCUGGAAAGUUUCAAGAGUCAGGCAGGUCUGUCAGGGCCUGUGGGAUCGUUAGCCAGUCGUUUGGAAUCGGGUUGGCAGUUUCCUCGCGAUGAGUCGUGAGUGUAUUUUACAUUUCACCGAUAGCAUUACAUACGUACUAUUACGUCACCAAUCUGUACUUUGCUUUCCGCCGUGCACCACAGCUCAACGGAUGUGAUUUGGCGACGUCGCUAUGAUCCACGCAGUCCUCAUUUUCAACACCGCGGGCGUCGCGCGACUAACCAAGUUCUACACCCCGCUGCGGCAGUCCGCACAGACGCUCGUGCCCAAGAUCUUCUCCCUCAUCUGCUCCCGGCCCCCCAAUCUCUGCAACUUUCUCGAAGCCCCAGAGCUCGAUGCGUAUCUCGCACCGAAGGAGCAGCAGGAUGAGCGCUGGCGCGUCGUGUACCGCAGCUAUGCGACGCUGCACUUCGUCUUCGUCGUCGAUAGCGCGGAAAGCGAGCUGGGCAUCCUAGAUUUGAUUCAGGUCUUCGUCGAGUCCCUCGAUCGCGCCUUCGAAAACGUGUGCGAGCUGGAUCUGGUGUUCCAAUUCGACGAGGUACAUCAUAUCCUGGCUGAGAUAAUACAGGGCGGUCUCGUGCUCGAAACGAAUGUGGAAGAGAUCGACAAUGCGGGUACGCUCCUUCCCUAUCCAGAUCACAACAAGACACCCAACACGCUCCUCACAGUCCAAACGGCCUCCAAACUACGAAAAGAGUCGUUUUCAUCCGCCAAUCCACUGUCCCUCGGCAUCGGAGUAGGAGGCACAGGAUCCCGGGGCGGCAACUUGAAGUCUCCCAUCGGGUGGUUGACGAGUAAGAUCACCAGUGGACGUGCGAUGUAG